CUCAAUGGUAGACUCACCCAAACGUGGACUUAAAACUAAGAUCAAAGGAAUUCUAAGAAUUCAAAUACCAUAUUCAUUGCAUCCAUAGCUUCUCUCUCCCCUCCAACACACUCUUUCAUAUACAUCUUUUUUUAGAUUCUCAUGUGUGCACAAGUUCUUCAUCUAACAAGAGUUAGAGAAGCUUGAUUCAACUCAAACAUGAACAAGGACAAUGAAACAUAUUUGAAACUCUUCUGGGGUGGUUCUAAGCGUCAUAAGAGGUGUUUGUUCACAAACAAGGCUAAAGUUACAAUAGCUACCACUACUGUGGUUGCUUUGUUUUGUUUAGUAGCCACUUUUUGUGAUUUUGCAACAUGGAAUACUUACAUAAUUGCAGGGAAUUCCAUUCCAAAUCAAAACCUUUCAUCAAUCCAAAUAAGCAAAAACCACAAAGAACAAGAAUUUCCACUUAGAUGCACCAAUGGAGAAAAAGAGACACAAACAUGUCCAAGAGACUACCCUACAAAACAUAACCCAACAAAUCAAAAUAGCCAUACUUGUCCUUCAUUCUUUAGAUGGAUCCAUGAAGAUUUAAAACCAUGGAAAGAAAAAGGGAUCACUAGGGAAAUGUUGGAGGGUGCAAAAAGAACAGCAAAUUUUAAGGUUGUGAUUGUGGAUGGAAAAAUGUAUGUGGAGAAGUAUAGGAAGUCAAUUCAAACAAGAGAUGUGUUCACUUUGUGGGGUAUUUUGCAAUUAUUGAGAAUGUUUCCUGGCAAGUUACCUGAUUUGGAACUUAUGUUUGAUUGUGAAGAUAGGCCUGUUAUUCAUAAGGGUAAUUUUCAAGGUCCAAAUGCUUCACCACCUCCUUUGUUUAGAUAUUGUUCAGAUCAAUGGAGCUUGGAUAUUGUCUUCCCAGAUUGGUCCUUUUGGGGAUGGGCAGAGACAAAUAUAAAGCCAUGGAAAAAUAUCCUAAAAGAAAUAAAAGAAGGGAACAAAGAGACCAAGUGGAAGGAUAGAGUACCUUAUGCUUAUUGGAAGGGGAACCCUAAUGUUGCUGCAACUAGGAAAAACCUUUUGAGAUGCAAUGCUACAUCAAAAGAUGAUUGGAACACUCGCCUAUACAUACAGGACUGGGAUAAAGAAUCCACUCAAGGUUACAAGAAAUCAAGCUUAGGGAACCAAUGCACACAUAGGUAUAAGAUUUAUAUAGAAGGAUGGGCUUGGUCAGUUAGUGAGAAAUACAUUAUGGCAUGUGAUUCCAUGACAUUAUAUGUUAGACCCAAUUUCUAUGACUUUUUCAUUAGAGGCAUGGAUCCAUUACAACACUAUUGGCCAAUUAGAGAUAAUAGUAAAUGCACUUCUCUUAAAUUUGCUGUGGAUUGGGGAAACAAACAUGCCGAUAAGGCACAAGCAAUAGGGGAGGCUGCCAGCAAAUUCAUACAAGAGGAGUUAGAUAUGAACAAUGUAUACAAUUACAUGUUUCAUAUACUAAAUGAAUAUGCAAAGCUUUUGAAAUUCAAACCAACUAUACCUCAAGGAGCUGUGGAGUUUUGUUCAGAAACAAUGGCAUGUGAUGUGAAUGGUAAUCAAAGGAAAUUCAUGGAAGAGUCAAUGGUGAAGGUUCCUAGUGAUUCAAAUCCAUGCACUAUUCCACCUCCAUAUGAUCCUUUAACUUUACAAGAACUUUUAGAGAGAAAAGCUAAUUCAACAAGACAGGUAGAAAUUUGGGAAGAUGAAUAUUGGCUGAAGAAAAACAAUGGACAAUAGUAUGGCUUAGUUGAUAUUUGUUUUUCAAUAGUUAAAAUUUUAUUAAUAAAGGUCCGAACCCAACAUCAAAGUGAAACUCUACCCACCUUCUAUGAAUGGUUGCAGAGAGCCCACACAAUCAUAUGCUGUAAAUGUUUUUUCGUUUUUCAUUUUUGUAUUUAUUUUAUAGUUCGUAUGCUUUACAAAUUUACAUGUUUU